ACGUCGCAUGGCAAUGACGUAGAAUCGCAGCGACUCACAAACGAUGUGCUACACUAACUAGAAACAAACGCGACUCACUUGGAAUCGGCUACUUUUAUUUAAUAGUUUGUUGUCAGAGUUAAUAUUGUUGAGUAAAACGUCCGUUUUGUAUUACAACAUGACUUCGUCAAUGCCGCAGAAACGUUACUACAGACAGCGAGCCCAUUCAAACCCGAUGGCACACCACACGUUUGAUUAUCCCGUGUGUCCCGAGGAGAUGGACUGGUCCGAACUGUAUGCAGACUUCAUCACUGGCGACCCGUCCGACAAAGACACUCCCAGAGUUGAGUUUGCUGACAUCGGAUGUGGAUAUGGGGGCCUCUUAGUGGAGCUAUCUCCACUUUUUCCAGACAAGCUCAUCCUGGGCAUGGAGAUCCGAGUGAAGGUGUCUGAUUAUGUUCAGGAUCGUAUUCGAUCCCUGCGUGCCUCGGAACCGGGACUCUACCAGAACAUCGCCUGCAUUCGCACCAAUGCGAUGAAGUAUCUCCCCAACUUCUUCUUUAAAGGGCAGCUCAGUAAGAUGUUCUUCCUCUUUCCUGACCCUCACUUCAAGAAGACAAAGCACAAGUGGAGGAUUAUUAGUCCCACGUUGUUGGCAGAGUACGCCUACACGCUGAGACUCGGGGGUUUGGUGUACACCAUCACAGAUGUGGAGGAAGUGCACGUCUGGAUGGUGAAGCACUUCACCGAACAUCCACUGUUCACACGUGUCCCCGAUGAAGAACUGGUCGGAGAUGUGAUCAUCGAUCGUUUGGGCACCUGUACAGAGGAAGGGAAGAAAGUGCAGAGAAACGGAGGGAAGAACUUCCUCGCAGUCUUCCGAAGGAUUGAGGAUUCAAACUAAGACCAAAGCGCGUGGACGCGCAGUGAACGUGUCCACUGGCCUCAUGCAGCCGUGUGUCCGUGGGGGCGUGAUGCUGCUCCGUGGAUCUGGAAGCUGCGGCUUUUUCCUCAGCAAAUGAACAGUGAGGGGUCUGGGUUUUUCUGUUUUUUUUUUCCUCAAUAGUUUAUAUAUUUCAUUUCUCACCUCACAAAAGACAGCACACAGGAAGUAAAUCAUAAAAUAAUUUCUAUUCAGACUCAUGAAAUGUUUUGUAUUGCUUUUUUUAGAUUGUUUUUUAAUAAUUCACUUCUGUUUCCUUUCUCAAACUCCAAAGUGCCGUUAUUGGAAAGUGCCGUAAAACUUAAGUAGAAAACACACGAGUGUCGGGUUCAUUGUGUCGAUCGGUACAUUGACUGUACAAGCAAUUGAUAAAUGGAUUUUUUACAUUUUAGUUUUAUGUUACACUUUAGGUCUUUAAAAAAGGAAUAAACGGAGUAGCUCUUACUUUAGUACAAGUCCUAGAUUGGAAGAGCAUUUUACUCCCUAAAACAUUUAAAAUGAGAAAAAAAAUCCAUCAAUGACAUAAACUGUUGCUUUCACGGUGUUAAUUUACAGUAUUGGCAGCUGAAUGGAUUAGACAGAAGUUUGACCACAAUCUUCAUCCUGUUUAUUCACUUUGGUUCAUUGUCUGGUUUGAAUUUCUAAGUACAUGCUGCAGCGUGUGAUUAUGUUUAAAUGAAAAAUGCUUUUACAAAGCUGUUAAAAUAACUUGUUUGGUUGAUUUACGGAUGUUCUCAGUCAUGUGAUUUUAAUUGAAUCCACUCAUUUAAAAACAGACACUUUAUUGCAGGUUGGAGUUCUUGUCUGUCAGGAUAAGUCGGGGCAGCGCAUGUUAGAGGUGGUGAUUAAGAACAGGACAGCACACGCCUCAGCAGUGGGAACCAGACGCUGCACACAUGUCAGCCAAGAACCCAUAAACAAAUACACAACCAUACCGCUAAUAUUUAAUGUAGGCUCUUCUGCUAAAGUUAUUGGCAUUCUGGUCUUUACCAUAUUUGGCUGUUCAGUUUCUGAAACAGUCAUUAGAUAUCAGGGUGCUUUCUAACGUUCCACGGGUACAAAUAUAUAAAUUGCUUGUAGUAUUCCGAGAAUGAAUAUUUUUGGUGUUCACUGUUAGUGAAUACGCAGUAGACUUGAUUUUCACAUCUGUCAAUUUGAAGUACAAAGUAAGAAAUGCACUUAUUCACUUGGUUUCUCUGGACUAAUAAGAAACCUCCCCUUUUUAAGAACAAAAAAAGGGUUAGUCUGGAACUUCUUCCGAUUGUCCUUGAUCCUAAAGCUACAUGGCUGCCUGUGACUCGUAUCCGAGAAAAAGAAAACCCCACUGUUGGUGAGCCUGUACUCCUUUGUUCAAAGGUUUGGUCAUUGCUCUGCCCUAAACCAUUAUCACAUACAGAAAGUAUUCACAGAACCUUUUAUAGCGGUGUGGCGUGCUGAUGUAAACCAGUCUAAUCUAUCCAAUCUGGCCUUUGGAUGAGGAGCCGAUGCUCUGUUUGUUUAUGGGGCAACGACACCAACCAACAUACGUCAUUUAACAUUUCAGCACCAUCAGGUCAUCAAGUAACAGUUAAAUGCUCUGCAGGGGAAUCAAAGAAAGAACGUUAAUGAAUAAUAUUUGAUAGCACCAGUAAAGCAAAGUGAAUGCUGCCUUCAGGCCCAAAGGGUCCGUUUCUUCCGGACCUGGAGAUGUUUUCGGGGUCCACGGUUUCUGAGGUGUUUACAGUGGCAGCUGUCCACUGUGAAACAUCAUAAGACUAAAGGAUGUGUUGCUGAUUCCCUUAAAACGUUAAUCAGGGAUUUCCUUUUCAUCCUCCACCUCCAUCAGCUUCAUCAGUGUAUAACAAGCGCAAAUGAUUUCACUUCACGAUGCACUCAAUGCUGUCACAGGUACAGCAAUGGACCUUUUUAAGAAAGAAAUGUGUAUUGAAAGUACUAUCUUGUCAAGAAUAGGUGUUUCCCUUCUUAUUUAAGUCUUUGUGCUAAGCUAACUCGCUACCGACUUUGGUCGUAGAUUUUACACAUUAAUAUCGAUCUAGGGUGAAUUCAGGUAUAUUGGGACAUUUUUUGUAAUUUCCAACUUCCUGUUUGAUGCUGACCACACACCUCUGUAAUGUGACCUACUUUAUGUCAUGUGACUUUAGUUAUAUGCUUCCUAAGCAAUGCAUUAGCACCCCUACCUUUACUACAGCCUUUGCUAUAUAAAUGCUUUUUCCAUAUGCUGUCUCAAAUGACCUGAUGUCCCAAUAUGCCUCAAUUCACCCUACUCAUUUAACCCGAGUUAAAGUGAGCGUUGUUUCGUGGCCUUUGAUCCUGUUGUCCACUAGACUCCAACAAGAGGAACUCUGGUCCAUCUUACAAAAUACACAUGGACUCAUGACCUGAUCUGACCCGAUAUUCUUUCUACUUUCAUAAGUCACUGUCACUCAAACGUCUUCCACUGUUUUCCUUGCUCAUACUGACGUCGAGUGCUGUGUCACUGGGGCCUGAUUGACAUCUCCAGCUGGGUGGCUGCCUGCCGCCUGAAGCUCGGCCUAAAACCCAAAUAAGAACCGCGCCGACUCGUUUCUCUCACAAGGAGAAACAACUGUGGCGAUAUUCUGCACAUCUCAAGCAAUCUGCAGUUUACUGAAUGUACAUUCUAGUUCUUCAAAAGUUUUUAUUCCUCUGCCCAAACCCCCCCGACUGAAAUUACGUUUUCACUUUCACAGAAAUUGGUUUAUACUCUUAUAAAAAUGAACAGCUUUCUUAUAUUUAGGAGACAAAUACUACUUUCCUUUCACAGAAUCAUUUUACUUUAAGUGUAAAUUAUUAUCAUUGAUAGGGCUGUACCAAACAGAAAUAGAAAGAAAUGGUCCCUUUCUGUCAGACCACAUGUGAGUGGUAGAUGUUAGGAAAUGUGAUCUUUAGUAAGCUUUGCCUCUGAAGGAUAUCAGUAAUUAUUUUGAGUUGGAGAACAGCUGCAGCUCUGUCAUGGUUUACACCUGGUGCUCAUGACAUCAUGAUUGCUUCAUUAUUUAAGUCAGCUUUCAACAAGUGACCAAAACAUGACAUAGUGCUGAGUAGUCAUAAGUCUUUUUUUUAUUAUUUGAGCUCAAGUAACAAAAAGAAUAUGUGAAUGGUCACAAUGAUUCAUCAAAAUAAGUUAAGUCGGCAUCCAUUGAUUCAUAUAAGAUGCAUUCAAUCUUGUGGUAGCUUCUAUACAUAAAGUAAAACUAUAAAGUCCAACAAAAAGGACUUUGAACUUUUUUGAAAAAAUAGGUACAUCAUUUUGUAUUAAGCUCAGCUAGUUCUGUGUGUAAAAUGUAGACCAACCAUCACAAAGCUGCGAUAUUUCUACAUAAAGAACGAUGAGUACAGCAGGACAUCAGCCGCAGGAGGGGAUUAUCAGUCGGACUUGAUGCUUUAAAUAUUAUCAAACUUUUACGGAACAUUUUCACAUUUUUCUGUUGUUUUUUUCUGCCUGCAGCAACGACUCCUCUGAAAACAAGCAGGAAAUGUCCAUUGACUGAAUGUUGGUAAAAAACAUUAAAGGGUCACAUUUUCUGUGAAAUCCCUUAUUUUAUACAUCCCGUGGACAGAGACGGUUUAUUGUCUAUAAGGGACAUGCUGUCACUGUGGUGGACAUUCAUUGUAUACGGCCAGUUGUUCACAUCUUGUGUCCAGAUGUGCUCCCCGUCUAACAGAUGUCCCCUACAGCACCAUGAUCACCUAUUUUCUAUUCAUGACAGGAAGGUGUUUUAUUAAAAACUGCAGAAUCUUAAUUAAGUACCACGCGUAUGGUGAUAAAAUCAUUAUUCAGUAACACUUUUUGUGUUCUUUAUUAGCACGUCCUCCUUUCCUGGGGGUCACAAAGGCAGAUGUUGGCAGGCAUAUUGCAAAGUUGGUUGGUUUCUCCUUACACUUCUUGUCUUUUUGCCAUACAGAAAAUAAUUUGUUGUGUUCAAAUAUUAUAUACUAGGCCUAUUACAUUUAUAUCUAAGGUGGCCCAAUAAGAAUACAACUUGGUGUGAGGCUAAUGUCUACUAUAUUGGAAUAAACAAUUGAGAGUGCAUAAAACACACUUGCUGAGAAAAAUGCUGAGAGUUUCAAACAGUAAUAAAUAAAUGGUUUCAAGAAAUAACUAAACGGAUAAAAGAAAUGUUAGAAAGUUAAAAAUAGAAAUUGGAAGAAUACAAAGAUAACACAAACUUACAUUUUACAUUAUACAAAAACAAUGUUGGGGUAAUGUCAAUCACAUAUUAUAUAAUUGAUGCUAUUAAACAA